UUGGGAACAGCGACUCAGAAUUGACUAGCUGUGUUCUCCGAAGGGUGUAAGGCAACGGAACAGUCGGCUAGAGCUGGCUAGAGCUGUGGGUGGUUCCGAGUCGCUUUAGGAAGAGGCCGCAUUUUACACUUGAACUUGGCCAAAAGGCCGAGAAGCGAUAAGAGGCCGCAUUUUAAUAGUAGGGCGAUAGCUGUGGUGAUGGAAGAGGUAUAGCUGUAUAGCAGCCAUUUUAAGGGAGAAGAUGCUUUAAUUCCAGGAGCCGGUAGGCGAGCCUCCAGUCAACCGCUAUGCUUUUACAGUUGCUGGGUCAUUUCGAACCGCCAGUUAUGAUUACUCUAACGGUUCAUCAUCUUAAAAUUGGGCAUCCUGCACAGCAGUGAUAAGUAAUGAAGCCAGGCACCGACAUCUUUAGUAAGGGCGAUCCUAGCGACGUGACAAAGUUUUGACGCCAGCCUAUUGGCUGUUCCAAUAAGCAUGCGCCUCCAGAUUGGCCAAUCGCCUUGCGACUCCCAACCCACUCUCCGUCAUCUUAACAUUGGGCACUCUCGACAGUAGCAGAGUGUAGCGAAGCCUCCAGCGACCAUCUUGGUUGAGGGCAGAAUCGAGGGUGGCGUUGCUUACGCUGCCCCGGCAUUCUCCUGGACCCACGUGGAAGUCGCGCUCAGGAUGCUGCGUCGUGAGGCCCGCCUUCGCCGGGAGUACUUGUACCGCAAGGCCCGCGAGGAGUCGCUGCGAACCGCCCAGGAGAGGAAGGAGAAGGUUCGGCGCGCACUGGAAGAGAAUCGCCUGAUUCCCACCGAGUUACGCAGGGAGGCUCUGGCCUUACAGGGUUCCCUGGAGUUCGAUGACGCCGGCGGUGAAGGUGUGACCAACCACAUGGAUGAUGAAUAUCGAUGGGCAGGGGUCGAGGACCCUAAGGUCAUGAUCACUACCUCCCGAGACCCCAGUUCCCGCCUCAAGAUGUUUGCAAAGGAGCUGAAGUUGGUGUUCCCAGGUGCCCAACGCAUGAACCGUGGCCGGCAUGAGGUAGGGGCACUGGUGCGAGCCUGCAAAGCCAAUGGUGUCACCGACCUGCUGGUUGUCCAUGAGCAUCGAGGCACACCUGUGGGGCUCAUUGUUAGCCACCUGCCCUUCGGCCCUACUGCUUACUUCACACUGUGCAAUGUGGUCAUGCGGCACGACAUCCCUGACCUGGGCACCGUGUCCGAGGCCAAGCCUCACCUCAUCAUGCAUGGCUUCUCCUCCCGACUAGGCAAGCGGGUCUCCGACAUACUCCGUUACCUGUUCCCUGUGCCCAAAGAUGACAGCCACCGGGUCAUCACCUUCGCGAACCAAGAUGACUAUAUCUCCUUCCGGCACCAUGUAUAUAGGAAGACCAGCCACCGCAGUGUGGAGCUGACCGAGGUCGGACCUCGCUUUGAACUGAAGUUGUACACGAUCCGCCUGGGCACGCUGGAGCAGGAGGCCACAGCCGACGUGGAGUGGCGCUGGCACCCAUACACCAACACGGCACGCAAGAGGGUCUUUCUGAGUGCUGAGUGAACCCGCUCGCUGGUCAGGACGUGGGCCUGGACCCAGGACUCGGGGAGCGGUCAGAAUAAAGUCUGUGUGCCACACCA